AUGACUGAAACUCAGCCCUCAAGUGACGCUACUGCUGUCUUUCAGAAAUUGGACGAUUACGACUGGGACAACGACAAUGAAUUCCAGACUGCUCUUGCUUCAAUUCUGAGGUCUGCAUCGACUCCCGAGCAGACCGCACAUCUGACUACAAGGGCUCGUUGUUAUUAUUACACAAGGAAGUUCAAGACACCCGUCAAUUUCGAAGCCUAUCAAACUUGGCUUCGAUCAAAACAACAGGCUGGCUCUGAGCCACCCUCACAAUCUAAUAUGUCAUCUGAAGCUACUCAUCCAUCUGCGAUGGGUGAAGCUCCUCCACCGGCCUCGUUUGCUGAGAUUUGCGAACUCAUCGCAGCCGGUAAACCGAUACCUGGGAUCAAAGAUAUUCCUGAUACCAUCCUGGAAGGCCAAGGAACCCAAGCACAAGCACCUCGACGCAAGAAGCCAUGGGAGAAAGAUGCAACCACAACUCCAACUCCUAGCUGGGCGGCAAAGAACUAA